AUAUAACACAAUCUUCAUUGUAAAUCAACCUUAGUUCGGAGAGGUUAAAGAAAUACUGGGAUAGAAAUGAAAACAUUCACACAGAUUGUUUUUGGUGAGCGGCCUGAGAGCCAUUCUUAUGCUGCAGAUGACCACUACUGGCAAUAGAGGUGGCUGUCAGCUAUUUGUCUGACCUCACUGUUCAGCAGUCAAAUUGGAAAGAAAGGGUGCUGUUGUGGAUUCUGCCUGGUUUGUUCAGAAAAACAAGCCCACCCACAAGUUCAUUGGGGAAGUUGUGGAGUGCAUGGUGAGAGGUUACUGCACAACUAACACCAAGCCUUUUCUCCACAACAUCUACUGAACACUGACUUGAGGACUGCCUUUUAUCAAAACUAAGAGUCUAAGCCAAGGCUGCUCCAGAGGACAGAGACAAGGUGUCACCAUUCUUCUAAAAAGGGCAAGAUAUCUGAACAGAAGCCUCUGGUCAAGAUCAUUGCCACCAUAUACUUCAUGCACUAAAUGAAUGAGUCAUGUGGGAGAAUUUGGUUGCUUUGUAUAUAUUUUCAUCUGAGGAAACAAUAAACCUUUUGAAAGAGAGACUCACUACAACAACUUGCCAAUAAUCAACUCACACAAAUUGAAGAAAAAUUCUUAAAGGAAAUUAUUUUACUAAGAAUCCAUGCAUAGUUCUGUUAUUUGCUGUUACUUCUGCACUCUGAAAAGUUUGCAACUGAGCGUUUACAUUUUUAGAACAGAAACAUCUGGCUGUAGUUACAGAAACUUUAAUCAUAUUACAGCUCAGUUGUCAGCAGAUUUCUGUGCCCACAAUCACCAAACUGAGCAAAUAUGAGUCAGUGUUUGAAUGUGGUGGAGGCACAGUAUAAAAAGACCAAAGCCAGUGAGGCAAGGGCAGAUCGAGAGAGAGUAACAGCUCCUUCGCUCUGAAAAACCAGCCUGCUCAUCUCACACGAAGCAGAAUGAAAACCUUCCUGCUCGCCAUCGCUGCCUUGCAGAUCCUCCACUGCUUAGGAGUGCCAAACCCCGAGGAUGCCCUGAGAGCAGCGAUUAUAAAGCUGAAUGAAAUAAGUGAAAUCAGUCAUCUUUGCGGCAUUGUCAGCAGCACAGUAACAGACCUUUCUCCCACAGGAAAAUUGUCAUACAAUGUGGAUUUGGCAUUUGCUGUGCAAGAAACGGUCUGCUCCAAAAAUUCUGGGCUAGAAUUUGAUGACUCUAGUUGCCCUUUCCGGCCAGCAAGGAUAGCUGAAACUGCUAACUGCAGAAGUCGUGUUAAGUACAUGGCUGAUGAGGUGCUGGACGUGGAUGUGGAAUGCCAUGGCUUCAGGAAGGGCAAGGGCAACGGAAACUCGAUGGAAAGGGUGAAAGUGAAUGGAGGGAGAGGUCAGAGUGAACCAGCUGCAGGAACAAAGAGCCACACUAAGCCACCCAAAAGGGGGAAAGGACACAGAAGGCCAUUCCAAAGAUUCAUCUAUAGUGGAGUAUCUUCAGAAUUAAUAAACAGCAGUGAAGAGCUGAGAAUCACCUCAGAAGAAUUAUCACAUGAGUCAUCAUCGAAGCUGAAAUUCACCUCAGAAGAGUCAUCUUUCGGUGCUUCAAGGGAAUACAAUGAUGAUUCAAGAGUCCGACAUCGCAGACACUAAACGUGAAUGGCAUUUUUGAAAGGCAAAGUUUGGGAUGAAUUCAAGGAGACCUUGUUCAGAUUAAAGUUAACAUUUGUAUUUGUUGAUAUAUAAGGGAGACAUUUUGCGACAACAAAGAAAUCUCUGUACUUUGUAACUGUCCUCCUAUGUAUACUGCCUUUCAUUUUAAACAUAUGUGAAAUAUUGCACUCUAACAUUCAUCAACUUGCUGUUACUUUUCCCUUCAAUGCCAAGCAUGGAAUUCUAACUCAGGCACCUAGUAACCUGCCUAUGAAAUGCUUAUAACAAGGUUCCUCUGUCUAAUGGUUGCUGCUUCUGGAAAUGGGCCAUUAGCUGCAAACUGGUGUGAGAUAGAAAGGCUACAACUUUAGAGCGUCUUACCUUCCCAGUAUGAAGGUUUAAGUUCAUGAGGUACCUGUACUUACAUCUGGUCUACAACAGCAUGCUGGAAGCAUUUGUGAGAUGGUGCCUACAGCUGGACAGAAGCAAAUAAUGAAUAUAGAUGAGUCUUGUUUUGUUGAAAACUUCCCUCCUCAACUGGGUUCCUAGAGCCAUACUUAUAACUUCAGUCUCCUAAGUAUAGUGAGAUUUAAAAAAAAAAAUAGGGCAGGACAUAUGCAGCAGGUCUGUAAACUUACGAAGAGAGGGAGAUGAAGUUAAUGUUUCAGCAGGAGCCUUCAGUCCUAAACAUUUUUCCAUCCAGCAAAGUCUAGAUCAAGAUUAAGAAUUUAGCUGAACUUAAAAGACUGUAUGUACCUUUCCUCCAACGAGGGGCAAUGUGGCAUUAACGGAAGGCUCAUUAAGAAACAUUGGCAAGAAAGCUUCAAUAGUCUCAUUCACUGGAGGUUCAGGGCAGCAGCUGUUGGGAGUGAAGAGCAAGAGGAGAGAGAAGGAUGUGGAUGUGAGACUGAAGCCUGUAAAUUAUCCUCUUAUUUGUUUGUUCCCACUUUUCUUCUUCAGUGUUUACGUAGGAUUGCACCUGUUUCCUGCCCCAGGUUGUCGGGUGCAGCUCUCUACAGCUGCUCUCCACACUGGUCUACUUUCAGCUGGCGCAGUGUAUGUGUGAGUGUGUGUGUCCGUGUGUGUGCUUGAGGUUGGAGAGGCCUUCGCCAAUUCCAGUAAGAAGAACUUGCAUAUUUGAAACAGACAAAUAAUUUCAGAGAACUGUUUAAAUGUUCUGCCUGUUUCAUGUGUUGCCUUUUGCUGCCAAUGUCAAUGCAAUGUAUUUUUUAAAUCUAAUUCUACAGUUUACUGAAAGAGAAUCAAUAAAAAUGAUUUUAUUGUUGACAGUAAGAACGAUUCA